CGACAGGGGAUGGAAAGCUGGGCUGCACGGGCCCACGGGCCCCUCUGAGGAGGUCUGGAAACGCGGAGGGGAUCCAAACAAAACAGUGGAGCUCUCCUUUUGGCAUCUGAUCUGUGUGGUUGCGAGCCUGCCCGCCUACACGCCUCAUCCAACCUGUGAUAUCCAGCACCUCCCCCGGCUUCAACAUCCAGACCUCUAGCCGCAACACGGCCUUGCCAUAGACACAGCCUUACCGAAACACCGAACCCCUCCUUACUUACCCCUUUUCCAGCUUCCACGAUCACAGCCAAACAGCAAACAUGUCUGAGAAGAAGCAGGCCACACCGCCCGUUCAAUUGAACAGACUCAAGCAGAUCGCCAACGAUGCCUGCCAAAGCGCUAUCGGAAGCGCAGAGUACUACGACCACUCCAAGACGCCGGAAUGGAACUCGACCAUCAUCAACAACAUCCUCCGCGCCGUGAUCUCUGAGUCUACCCCCGACAAGGCCGCCGCGCCCGCGUACAAGUUCGCCGUGACCAGCACCAUCGUGCAGCACCUGGUGCCCACGUCCCAGCUCAACAAGGCCCAGGGCACGUCCACCUCGACCGGCACCUCGACGACCGAGGAGUCCAAGGAGCCGGCUGCCUCUGAGCCUGCAAGCACCGCGACCGCCACGGACGGCAAGCCCCACGUCGGCCGUCGCGGCAUGCACUCGGCGAGCGGCGCCUACUGGAACGAGGAGACGGACGGCAUGUGGAGCUACAAGUACGAGGGUGGUGACGCCAAGGGCAUGGAUGUCGUCAUCAUGCUCAUCUGGGUGUCGCUGUGAGGAGCGCCGGGUUGAACCUAUGUCUCUGGGCCGCGUGGGGCCUACCAGACAUACUAGUAUCUACCAUCUGGUGCUGACUGGGAUUGGCUGUCGACAACAGAUUUGAGCCUGGCUUAUAAACCGCUGGCAACGUUCCCUAACAGGUCCAGGGAAUUCGGCGAAGCCGCGGCGGGUCGGUCAUUAUGUCCAGAUGCGACUGCAUGCAUGGGAGUUUCCACAGAUCAAGAAGGGGCGCCAACCGAGGCAGAAGUAUGUGGGCUGGGACAUUUUGGCCCCUGUUGGACAAGAAUUCGCAUUGCCGCGGAGUCAUAACUGAACAUCUACGUUGGGUACCUAUUUGUUGUACAAGUACCGUCUCUUCAUAGUCUCGGCGUUGGUACAAGCCUGAAUCCUUUGGCAAGGCUGCUUAGAUGGUCCAAUCCCGUGUGACACUGUUGCAGCCAUCCCGUUGAGACAUCCUGGCUGGCCAUGGAAUUAGCACGACCAGGUGUGUCAUAAAACAGACUGCCAUUGGUCAUAAGCAAAUAUGCCUUUUCUGUGGUUGAUGACUUUCUUUCACUGGCAGGGCUUCAAUAGCCGGAGGGAGUUGGAGGUAGGAGCCGCCUCUACUGUCGUCACCCUAGUCCUCCCUCUGGGGGUAUGUCUAUCACAAACAGCUUUCCCAUAGCUUGCUUGCCUCUGUAUAAUUAUCCAGAAGGAGGAUAUUGCACAGGGAGUUUUUAGCAGGAGCCUGUCCCCAAGUAGCUCCCCCUCCAGUACCUUUUCCCGCAGGUGGUGAUCCUACAAGAAGUGAUGCUAAGAUUGCGUGGUGACUGCUACUCAGCAACUCAGGUGGUCUGCCGUAUAGACAGACUAUGGCCGCCUGGCGGAUGCCGGAGCAAAAAGCUUGGUCCACCCAUAGCUUGACUUCGGGUCCGCUGAUGGGCCUGCCUGCAGAUGCGCCGCCACGGGACACGGCUUGGGUGCUGCGAGACCUGCAUUGCUUAAGCUCCCGGGAGAUCUACGGGGCUAUAAUAUCUGGGACGGUCGCACAGCGUGGAUUUGACAGCUGCCCAGCCUGCCUCACGCCAUUCCUGGCCUGGCCCUGGAGAGUUGGGCGGGAGAUGUGUGUCGAGACUCGGGUCGCAGGCAUCAAGAGGUGUGAGGCGGCAGCGUCUGAAAAGGCAAAGACGGGACUGCACGCAGAAAGAGGCACGCCAAAGCUCGCUUAUUCGGUGCAUUCGACAAGCAGCCGAAGUCGCGACACGUUUCCUGAAGGCAGACAUCACGGAAGGGCACCUUAUAUUCCCAAUCGUCAAAUAAUUCGCCAAUUCGCCAGCCCUGCAUGCCACGCAUGCCACGCAUGCUCUGGAUCAGGCUGGAUUGCGACCCCAUCGGGCGACGCAGCCGGCGCGGGACAGAAUGGGGCCCCUCGGGACUGGGCGAUCUGGGUGGGCCCAUCUAUGCC